AUGCUAUCGAAACAUGAGUAUGACAUACUGGAACUUCCACCAGAUGAUCACAUUCGCUUUAGUCUAAAGUACCGAAAGGCGCUCUAUUUCAUAUCCCAGGCUGCUAUCUGGGCCUUUCAGCUCUAUUUCCUUGUGCGCUUGCUAUUAGUGAUCACUACACCGCAACAGACAUGGCAAAUAUGGCUCAUGCUUCUUGUCGAGUAUAUCUUCGCUCGUAUACCCCGCCAUGACCAGUUUCUCACGGUAUCAGCAAGCAAGUCAGGUCAAAGCCGUCCUAGGGACAGACUUCGACUCCUUGGUAACGACCAUUUGCCUCGAGUCAAUGUCCUGAUCCCCUGUUGUGGAGAGCCAACGGACGUGGUUCUGGAUACUGUCCACGCGGCUUGCUCCAUGGACUAUCCAACCAUCCAUUUCCGAGUACUCCUGCUAGAUGACGGAGCUUCGAAUGCGCUGCGUGAUGCUGUUGCAAGCCUACGCUCCCAAUGGCCUCACCUGUCUUAUCACACGCGGGGACAGCAGUCCGGUCGUGUCUUUGCCAAAGCUGGAAACCUCAACUAUGCGCUUUUCGAGUUGCAGCCUGAGGCCCAGCCGGAAUUUUGCGCGGUCCUGGAUGCUGACUGUGUGCCCAAAUCUGAUUUUUUACGAGCGACGCUGCCUCAUCUGCUUAGAGAUCCCCAGGCUGCUUUACUCACAACACGGCAAUACUACUACAAUUUGCCAGAUGGCGACUCGUUGCAACAGUCCCGCGCACACUUUUACACAUGCCAUAAUUCUGAGCUUGAUCGGAUGGCUGCAGCUAUUGAUGCAGGGUCCGGUGCCGUUUUUCGUCGCAAAGCCAUCGUUGAUGUCGGCGGAUAUCCAACCUUUUCCUUUUCUGAGGAUUGGCAGCUCUCCUUAAUGCUGCAGGGGCUCGGAUAUCGGACGCUUCAGGUGCUGGAACCCUUACAAUUUGGGUUGGUGCCGUCUUCAUUGGAUGGCCAUAUUGCCCAAAGGAACAGAUGGCAGCUUGGACAUUCGCAACAGCCGUCCGUGUUGUUUUCCGAUGCAAACCAGGCCAUUCCGCGACAUCUGCAAUGGAGUAUCACCUUUAAUGGAGUGCUCAUUAUCCUCGGAUUGGUCGGCUACAUGGUCGGAUUCGCUGCUGUUCCCAUACUUUUUGCUUCAGGAAAUCUGAUUCCAGCGAGCUCGUCAUUGAUAGUACAGAUUCAGGUCGUUUUGGCUGUGUUGCAUGUUGCCUUGACUUGGACUCAUGGAUUGGUACAGGCCGCCCAUACGGGGUUUCGCAUCGCGCCCUUUGCCCAUUUGGAGAACAGCUGGCUGGCAAGCACCCAUAUCCUUGCGAUCAUUCGAUUCCACUGCGUCUCGAAUAAACCGAAGGGUUCUUUCGUCACCGGCAGCAGCGCUAACUCAUGGAACCGCAUGAUGGAACUUUCAAAAUACAAAAAGCUGCGCAAAGAUUUGUUAAACAACGGACUUCUCUAUAGCGUCUUCCUUUUCUUUGCGAUCUUAAGCACAUUUCUGCUUUCAUUCUACGGAGCAUUGAGCAGCGACUACGCCGCUGGUAGUUCUACUACUCCUCAAACCUUGCUCAUGACAUUGCUCACGACGGUAGCAUGGCCGCCUAUGCUACAUAUUGCCUAUUUAGCUCUUAGCAAUCUCUGGAUUCCCGUUGCAUAUCUCCUACAGCGUCCGGAACAUCCAGAACGAAGAUCGAGGAUGGUUACUCACGCAACUGGCAUCUUCUUGCCGCGGGAAGAUGUGCAGAUGAAGCUUCUUCAACACAGUCUUCCUCCGCUUGGCUACCUGAACCAUUAUAUCUUGGUGCCUGUUGUGUUGAUUACGAUUUUCACUAUAGCAGUGACCAUGUAAAAUGGGUUUCAGAGCU